AUUUCCUAAUCCAAUUUUUCAUUUUACUCUCUCUCUCUCUCUCUCGCUCGCUUUCUCUCUCUCAGUUUCCGUUUUUCUCAGUAGCUAUCUUCUGCUCAAAAGACGAUCACCGGCGAUAUAUUCUGUAUCUAGAAUCGGAAUGGGGUGUAACGUAAGAGAGAAGCAUAUCCGUGCCAAUCGGAGGAACCGAUCGGCGAAGCCCGACCCGGAGCAGGGCAGCAGCAAUAACAACACAGGCAAUGCUGCAGAAAGGACUCCGUUAUCUAAAUCCAUCAUGGAAUCUGGUAUCAAGCCUUUGAAUUGUUUUAUGGGCAGUCAUGAUUCUGCCCUGAACACAAACCCUAGCCCGACUCCCGGCGGUGGGUUUGAUGGCAAUGGGUGGGGUUACUGUACCGAGGAGCAGCUGGAGGAUCUUGUGAUGAAGAAUUUGGAGUUUCUAUAUAAUGAGGCUAUUCUUAAACUUGUUUCUUUAGGGUAUGAUGAGGAUGUGGCUUUGAAGGCCAUUCUGAAGAAUGGGUUUUGCUAUGGUGGGAUGGAUGUGCUGAAUAAUAUAUUGCAUAAUGCAAUAUCUUAUUUGAAAAGUGGGACGAGCUCUGAAGAGUCUGAGAAUAAUUUCACUGAUUUGAGGCAGAUGCAGGAAUACUCAUUGGCUGGUAUGGUGUGCAUACUGCAGCAGGUUAAGCCACAGUUCAGUAAAGGGGAUGCAAUGUGGUGUUUGCUAAUGAGUGAUCUUAAUGUGGGGCGUGCCAGCGUGAUGGAUAUUCCAGUUCUUCCUCAACCUAAUGGGAAUGGUUCUGCUAGUGUAUCAGUUACUGGUAAUAGUAAUGUGGAGGGUGUUGGGAAUGGUCCUGUUGGCAUACCCCCUGCUAUAUGUAGAUUUCAUGGUGGUUGGGGUUUUGGAAAUGAGGGUCCCAAUGAUUUUAAUAGGUUUUUCUCAUACUCUGAGACACCUUUGCAGAGAGAGGUUGAAUGCCCAAAGAGGUUUAAUCUUAGUCCUUCAAUGAAGUCAUUGUUGAAGAAGAAUGUUGCAACUUUUGCUGCUGGAUUUAGGUCGAACUCUAAAAUACAAAACCAGUCACAAGCAGCCUCAAGCCUUUUGCCUUCUGGGUAUUCCUCAAGCUUGAAUGGAUCAGGUGUUGAAGGUAUUGUAGCAAAGGGUGAGGAAUCCCAGAAUUCAAAAAACCAAGACGUUGUCAACUCUGUAUUAAGUAAAUUUCGUGAUUUAAAUCUUGAUGAGAGUACAGAGCAUGGGCAUCCCCAGAUGGAUCAAAAAGAUGAGAUUAUUGUGAGUUUGAUCCAUCAAAUCAAGGAUCUUGAGAGGCAGGCAAAGGAGCGGAAGGAAUGGGCACAUCAAAAAGCAAUGCAAGCUGCAAGGAAAUUAAGCAAUGACUUAACUGAGCUUAAGAUGCUGAGGAUGGAAAGGGAGGAGACCCAAAGUGUGAAGAAGGGUAAGCAGACCAUUGAAGACAAUACCAUGAAGAAGCUCACAGAAAUGGAGAAUGCUCUCCGUAAAGCAAGUGGUGAAGUGGACCGUGCCAAUUCAGCUGUGAAAAAGCUGGAGACUGAAAAUGCAGAAAUUAGAGCAGAAAUGGAGGCUUGUAAACUGAGUGCAUCAGAAUCUGCAACAACUUUUAUGGAGGUUUCAAAGAGGGAGAAGAAAUGCCUGAAAAAGAUUUCAGCUUGGGAGAAACAGAAAUCUAAACUUCAGGAGGAUAUUGCAUCUGAGAAACAGAAGUGUUCAGACUUGGCAGAACAGCUGGCUCAGGCUGAGGCAGAUCAAAAAAAAGCUGAGGAAAGGUGGAUUAAGGAACAGGCAGCCAAGGAGGUAGCCCUGACCCAGGUUGAGGAAGAACGGAGGUUGAAAGAGGCUGCCGAGGCGGGUAACAAAAGGAAGCAGGAGGCUCUGCGCCUCAAGAUAGAAAUAGACUUCCAGAGGCAAAAAGACGAUCUCCAACGCCUUCAACAAGAUCUUUCAAGGCUGAAAUCAUCCGCGCUGAGUGCUGAACAGCACCAUCAAUCUGUCAGGCUAACCACAGGGAACUCGGAUGGGGUGAAUGCCCAUGGAGACAUCGCGAGGUUGCUCCAUGAAUUAGACCUGGAGAAUUCUGCAGAGAAGGAAGUUGGGUGUGAUCGGGAAUGCAUUCUCUGCUUGAAGGAUGAGGUGUCUGUUGUCUUUCUCCCCUGCGCUCACCAAGUCGUGUGUGCCAACUGCAACGAGAGCUACGGGAAGAAGGGCAGAGCUGCAUGUCCAGCCUGUCGCGUCCCUAUUGAGCAGAGAAUUCGUGUCUUUGGCGCCACCUCCUAGCAUCUUUGCCUGCUUGUUGUUGAUCUGAAGAAAGCAUGGCAUUACAGAAACAAUGACAUUACAGAUAACAAAGUGGUAUUACAUUUCUUAUUUUACUUUUCCUUGCUUCACAUGUCUUCUUCUUAGUAAGAAGACAAAUACAUAUAUUUGACAUUUUACAAGUUUUAGAGUAGCUGUGGCUGCUUUCUAAAUGAGUUUUUUU